CACACGAGUUAUUGCACUUACCCUAUCUCUGAUUAAUUAUAAUCUUUAGAGAUUCGGUAAUUGAAUUACAUAACAUGGCGCCUAGUUGUAACUGCUCCACGUGCCGCGGGAGUGGGGUCACCGCGCGCCUGAUUUGCAAACACCAGUUGCUGUAUUGUGACGCAUCCUAUACGUAUAUUCAUCGUUUCGAUUUUGCUGACGAUUCGGUGAUAAUCAUC